AUGAAAGUUUGUAAAGCGGCUAAAAAUCCCAAUUUACCAACACUUUAUUUUUUUGAUUUUGAAACACGAAAAGAUGAUGAGGGCUAUAUGAUUCCUUUUUAUGCGGUUAUUCAAAAAGUAUGCCAGCUUUGUGAUGAAAAACCGUUUGUGAAAAAUUACGAGCAUUUUUUGCCGCAUCCCGAAGAUGCGACAUGCGAUAUAUCCGUAGAAUGCGUACCCUGUUGUGGUUAUAGGCAAUAUGUUUUAGAAAAACAAAAUGAUUGCAUCACCAAGCAAUUUGUUGAUUUUAUGUACGCGCAACCCAAAAACAGUGUGUGGAUUGCGCAUAAUGGUGGGCGUUUUGAUACGGUAUUUCUACUUCGUGAAUUGCUAGUGGAAAGAAAAAUUGUACCGCAAUGUAUUAUGAACGGAAAUAAGAUCAUGUGUAUGGAAUUAGAAGAUCGAAAUCUAAAAGUAUUGGAUAGUUUUUUAUUUUUAAAUAUGGGGUUAAAAAAAUUUCCAGAAGCAUUGGGCAUUCCCGAUAUUUGUAAGGGUUUUCACCCUUAUCUUUUUUAUGACCUGUAUUAUGUGGGGCCCAUGGUUGGUUUGGAAUAUUUUGACCCGCCGUCCGAGGGUUCUGAAGAGCGCAAAGUUUUUUAUGUCUGGUACGAGCAGCAAAAGAAAAAACCGUAUAUUUUUAGAGAAGCCAUGUAUUAUUAUUGUCGUUUGGAUGUUGAUAUACUUAGACAGGGUUGUAUUAUAUUUGCGCAAUUAAUUAAAAAUAUAACAAACGUAUUUCCAUUUUUUGAUAAAACUUGUCAUACGAUCGCGGGACUUGCAUUAAAAGUAUAUCGUACAAAUUUUUUAAAUGAGGAAACUAUAGGACAAAUACCCGCACAGGGUUAUGGUGGAAAUAUUAAGCAAAGUAUUAUUGCCUUAUAUUGGCUAAGAGAGCUUGAAAGUGAUUUAGGAGGUGUCACAUUGUACAGUAAAUUGCAUCCCGACGGGGAGCAAAGUAUUGCCGGUCAUUAUGUCGAUGGAUAUUGUCCCGAAACAAGAACUAUAUAUCAGUUUCACGGUUGUUUUUUUCACGGUUGUAAAGAAUGUUAUAAUGGCGAAAUGUUCAACAACGUUGUUAGCGAAACAUUUUAUACACUACGCGAACGAACACGUCGUAUUACGGAGAAAUUUGAAAGUCAGGGGUAUACAGUUGUUGAAAUGUGGGAAUGUGAUUUUUUAGCCGUAAAUAAGUUAACUAAAAAAACCAUUGCAAUGUUAAGAGAAAAAGAUUUUUUUAUUAAUACUAAUCUUAAUCCGCGAGAUGCCCUAUUUGGGGGUCGGGUUUCACCAGCAGUUAUGUGUACCAAUGCCUGCGAGAAAAAAAUACGGUAUUAUGAUUUUACAUCUUUGUAUCCGUAUGUUCAGAAAAUUAAUGUAUUUCCCGUAAAACAUCCUGAAAUUGUGCGCGGUGUAGAAAAAUGUAGCAAACUUAAUCUGGGGUUUGUAUUUGGAUUGAUUAAAUGUAAGAUACUUCCGCCUAGAAAUCUUUUAUUUCCUGUUAUUCCUUAUCGGACCACUAAAUUAACGUUUCCACUAUGUCGCACUUGUGCGGAUAAUUUAUGCGAUGUUUGCACACACAAUGAAGAAGAACGUGUGUUAUACGGUACAUGGACAAGUAUAGAAAUACAUGUGGCGCUAAAACACGGUUAUAUGGUAAAGGAAGUUUACGAAGUAUAUAAUUAUAAGCAGCGUGAAAAAAUCUUUGAUACGUAUGUCAACACUUUUAUGAAAUUAAAACAGGAAAGCAGCGGGUUGCCAAAAAACUGCUAUGAUAUUCACGGUAAUGUAGACGAGGAAAAAGUCAACAAAUAUGUAGGGGAAUAUUUUAGACAUGAGGGUGUGCAAUUGGACGCAAGUAAAAUUUCAUAUAACCCCGGACAAAGAACAGUUAUGAAGGCGUUGUUAAAUUCAUUAUGGGGUAAAUUAGCACAAAAUGAAAAUGUACCCGUUAUAUCGUUUGUUGAUCGCUUUGACGACUUAUUAGAAAUGGUUAACGAUUUAAGUAUUGAAGUAACAUCACUAGAUUUUAUAAGCGACGACGUGGCGCGCACAACACAUCGAAAGGUUUCGUCCUUGGUAACUUUACCGAACAGAAAUGUAGUUAUAGAUAGCGGCAUUUGUAACAGCGUAUGCACGUUUAGAAUUAUUUAAAGUUUUACAUAAAUUGGGGGAGGACGUUUUGUAUUACGAUACCGAUUCUGUGAUAUAUGUGGAAAAUAUUGAAAAAGGGCACGUUUUAAAAACCGGUAGUUAUUUGGGGGAACUGACGGAUGAAUUAUAUGAUAAAAAAGCGAAAAGCGAGAAAUGGAUAGAAACGUUUUGUGCUACUGGUCCAAAAUCAUAUUCGUAUCGAACCAAUGAAUAUAUUAAUGAAAAUAGCGAAAAAAAACGUGAUGAAAUUGUCCAUGUCAAGGGGUUCUCGUUAAAAGGCGAUACUAAAAAGAAAAUUACUUUUGAUAGCAUUCAACAAGGCGUGCACAAUCGAAAAAAAAAAUCACAACAUUUUAUACGGAAUUUACGCAGUCAAAUAAUCAAACAAUAAAUGUUCAGCAAGUUCAGAAAAAAUUUCAAUUCACAUUUGAUAAGCGUAUUAUUUGUAAUGAUUUUACGACAGUUCCUUACGGGUAUAUUGACGCAUAAAUUAUUUUUUCAUAGGGCCAUAAUUUGACGCAUUGCACGAUUCCAUUUCGACAUCCGUUUAUGAUGACGUUGUGCGGGCCCUCUCAAAGUGGAAAAUCCUAUUUGAUUGAAAAGCUAAUAAAACACCACGAAGCUCUAAUCAAACCACAAAUUGACAAACUAAUAUACCUUUACUCUGUGGACGACUAUGACGGUACUAAACAACACAUUCGUGACAACAAACAUACCUCGACGCUUAAAUCGUUCGACUUUAUUGAUUGUAAUGCGGGCAUACCGUCAAUGGAAGCCAUUAAAGAAAAAUUGGGCAAAAGUACAUCAAUAGUUCUAGAUGAUUUGAUGGUGAUUGCGGGUGCAAACAGCACAAAUCUUACUAAUUUAAAUAAUAUUGCGUCACGCGACAGCCACCAUUCAAAUGCCUCCGUGAUUUUUGUAUGCCAAAAUUUAAAUUACGGAUCUGGAAAAUUACGAAAUUGCCGCGUGAACAGUCAAUAUCACAUCAUGUGUAAAAGUCUGACCUGCUUUAGAGAUAUAGAAAUGAUAGCGUCAAAUAAAAAAAUAUGUCAAAGUAAAAUACAUAAAGUGAUUGAAGAUGUGGGUAAAAAGGAGUAUGGAUAUAUUGUGUUUGACGGCUGUCCAAAAGGAUGUGCAAAUACACGUGUAAGAACGGGAAUUUUUCCCGAGGAUCAAACUGUUGUAUAUGAUUUGUGAAAAAAAUAAAUUUUUUUUAACUUUGUAUUUGAUAUAUUUCACUAUAUGAUUUACAUAUUUGUCCCUUACUACGAUUACAUUUAUUCGUAUAUAAUUUUUUUAAGGUAGAAAAUAAUGAAAGGCAUGUUUGCUGCAACGUCUGUUCAUUCUCCAUUAAAUUGUCAAUUUUAUGCGUAAAUAGAUUACUACGUAUAAUAUGCGUACCAGUAUAAUAAGAUUUUAGAAAUAACAAACACCAGCACCCGCAUGUUCUACUAACAUGUGAUUGAAUUUGCGACGUAUUAUACAAUUGCAUUUUACAAUGUAAUUUUUCAAAGUAUUUUUCCCAGUAAUGUCGUUUAAAAAAAAACGGUGUUUUACCGUAACUAUCAAAAAAAUAAAUUAGUUCCUUUUCUUUUAUAACGGCAACCCAAUGUGUGCCGGGUUUGUCCUUUGGAUCUACAUUCCAUAUCCAACAGCACUGUUCUGCAGCGGUACCCUUUGGUGUUACAUCGGCAGGAUAGCACCCCAAAUAGUGUGGCGAAAUAUCCGGAUCAUCUUGCGCUUGUUGGUCUAAAUUGUCCGUAUUUAGAAAUUUGCUAAUAAAGCAUGUUAAUGUAGCCAUGUUUUAAACCAUGUAUGCUCGUGACUUUCCUUUUUGUCUAAACGGUGUUAUCUGUCCAAGACCCUGCGAUUGUUGUUGCGGUGACGGUGUUUCAUAGGGUGGUGGUGGCGACGCGUGCGACGUUGAUGGGGCAGAUUCGCUUAAUGAUCGAUAUUGACUUUUAAGCUUUUCACUACGUAUAUAAUAAACGGGCAUAUUUAAUUUUUUUAAUUCUUUCAGUAAUUUUCCGUGUUGUGUUGAAUUUAAAUUUGUGUUUGUUUUUUUUACAUUUUUUGUGAGAUCGGCAACCAUAUCAUCAAAACUAAAAUUAAGUGAUUUGUGUCCAAAUUUAACACCCUUGUCCGUUUCUACGACACAUUUUUGUUUGAGAAAAUGACGUAUCAGUUUUUCUGAGAUUGCUAAUGACCCCGCUUUUGGCGCGGGACCACCACCUGCUGCGGGUUGUUGUUGUUGACCAGCAGCAGCUAUUUCCUGUAGUUCUUUUCGAUAAUUUUUUCUUUUUUUUGAAUAAUUAAUAAUGUCGUCGGUAGCAUAGGGUUGUUUUUUUGCGACACUGGCCAUCAUAUUUGCAUGUCCUUCAAUUAAUUCCCCUUCGGCCGCUGUUUGUUUGGCCUCGUCUAAAAUUCCUCUGUUGGCGACUAACCGAUCUAUGUUCUUGAUCAUCGUGUUGUAUUUUUCGGUGUCUAUCAGCAUUAAUCGUUUUACGUCGUCCCCCAUUGUCGUUGUUGUCGUCGUCACUGUUAAUAGUCCGAGAUGCUUCUAUUUUUUUAAUAGGAAGACUGCAAUAAUGCUGUACCGCAAAUUCUUCAAGUAAACAUAAACGUACGUCUGCACAGCUUGUAGUUCUAUCGGAAAUGUAUGUAAAUAAACCUUUUUCACACUCUGAUAUAUUUAAUGGUAUUUUACCGUUUGCUAUGUGCCGGCAUAAAAAUACCAAAUGCGACACUAAUUGUUUGUUAUCAUUAAGCAUUUUUUCUUUUUUGGCAAAACCUGCAGCUAAAAACUUCUUAGUUGCCGGUAUAAAUUUAGAUUGCUUUUGUUUUUGAAUAGUCAUACAUUGCGCAUCCCAUAUUUGUUUUAAAAAUAAAGCACAUGCUUCAUUAUUUACUUCCUUUUCUUCUUCAUCAUCCCCCGAAUAAUUUGAGUAUUCUUCUUCACUUUCAUAUUCACUUUUAUCUUCAUCAUCAUUAUUUUUUUUCACUGUUUCCGUAUUUUCAUUAUCGUCAUCAUUAUUUUCUGUGGGGUCUACUUCUUCUUCAUAAUUAUUUUCUGUGAGGUCUACUUCUUCAUUAUCAUAGGUUAUUUUCUCUUCCUCAUCCAUAUUUUGAUAUUACGGGUUUUACGUGAAUUGUUCGUAUUGCAACGCCACCCAGCCAAUGACAUGAUUACGUUUUGCACCGGGUAUAUGUAAAAUGUUUCGAAGUGUUUUUUUUUCCCAAAGGUCUUCUUUUCCGUUUAACAGGCAUCGUUCAUAUGAUACAUAAAUCAUUUAAUACGCGAAUUUUAAACGAGCUUCCGUUUGGUACGCGCAAGAUAAUUGAUUUCUGAAUUCGCCAACCACUAUCAAUUGACUUGCCGCAGCAAGUGGGUUAUUAAGACGUAUUUCAAGACUUACAAUACCGCUGGUUGUAUUGGGCAAUAUUUAAUUAUUGUAACUAUCUUUGUUUUCAGAUAAAUCAAGAGCAAUAAGGCCAUAAUCGGUUAAAUAAUCUUUGUAAUUAAAGCAUCUCAUCAUAUUUACGAUUUAAAACACGUCGUAAAUUUAUGUAUGCCUCUUUUGAAUUUUCAAUUGUAGGCUCGACAAAAGCUUCGUUAAUUUUAACACCUAGAAAUUCUAAAUCUGGAAAAAUCAUUCGAUUUGGAUUGCUAGUAUGCGCACCGUUAUAUCGUGCCUGUGUACGAAUAUAGAUAAACAUACGCGUUGGUCAUGCACCCGUAAAAAGAUCAUUUUUUACAAUUUUAUGUGUGCCGUUUGCAACUGGUAUGGGUACAUAACGAUGGUGACGUACAUAAUAUUUUGCUUCUUCGCCUUUUUGAAUCAUGGCGUUGUUAAUGGCGGCCAUUAAUUGUGCUUUCGGCUUAAACGCUUGAAUAUGAAUUUCUAAAUUUGAAUAACAAAUUUUUGCCAAAGCACAAUGGGCCGCAGUGCCCAUCAUGGUUUUUACUUUUUCUAAACGCGUUAAUCUCACAGCCAUAUUAAAUGAUGACACAACAUAGCGUUUAUUAACACCCAUUACAUUAACGAAAUCAUAACAUUUGAAAGGUACAUCUCUUUUACACAAUUGAUAGCGAGCGCCAAGACCUUUAUUAACAUGUCCGGCAUGAGUCGGAUCUCUCAUUUGUACUAUACUAUCACUAUUAUUACCCGCACCAGGAGUGUUGUGGAUACACCCUGUUAUUUCUUGAUCGGGAGUAUACCCCUGAGGUAUUUCGCGCGUUAAAUGAUUUAUGAAUUCAAUUUCAUUUUCCUGUGAUGACAACGAAUUAAUGCGUUGAUUAUUCACCAAUAUUUCUCGUGACUUCCACCCCAAUCUAAGUGGUGAUUGACAAAGCGCCACAUCUUGAUCGGGAGCUAAAUAGGCAUUAUUAGCGGCCAUAAUUGAAAUGGUUGCAGUGAUUCUUACGCUUUGAAGAUCCAUAACACCAUAAUCGUUAGGCGCGUGAUUAAAUGUAAAUUCUUCAGCAUCUGGAUUAGAAAUUGGUCCUGCAACUAAUUUAAAUUGACGACUUUCCACAAAUGUAUCAUUGUGUGGAAAUGUGGGGAACAUCAUCAUGGGCGACAUAAACCCGCUAUCGUGAACCUCGAUGGGUUCAUCAUCGACCUGUGCAUGUGAGCGCUUCAUACUUGUGUACGAUAUGAAAGAUAAACCACAAAUAAUAUACAGUUUUAUAAUUUUUAUUACACUUAUAUAAUUUUACAUUGAAAUAAUGGCAUCAUUUAACGGUACCAUUUUUUAUGCAAUUUUCUGGGCCUACGUUUAUUAACACGUCCGCCUGUUUGUUUUAUUGCACUACGCGGAUAUUGUUGUCGUUGUGGCUGUGGUGGUCGAUAAUACUGUUGUCGUUGUGGCGGUGGUGGUGGACGAUAAUACUGUUGUUGUUGAUAAUAAUUCGGCGGAGGGUAAUACUGUCGUGGUGGUGGUGGUGGGCGGUAUUGCUGUUGUUGUUGUCUGUUAUAAUUAUUAUUAGUUACCUGUUGUUUCUUUUUACCAAAAAUACCAGGCAAUAUUUUUGUUGCAGCACCCAAAAUAGCAGGAAUUGCUAGACCCGCAGCCAUUGCUAGACCCGCACCACCCCCGUCUUGUUUUUUUUUACCACGCUGAUGUUUUCCUCCUUUAAAAUUUCCACCAUGUUGUUUUUUACCACGCUGAUGUUUUCCCCCUUUAAAAUUCCCGCCAAAUUGCUUUUUCGAUUUUGUCAUCUUUACUCUAAGCCGUCUCAAAUUCAAAUCAUUUACUAUGUGUAAAAGUAUAACUAUUUAUUUCCAAAAAUAUGUUUCAAAACAUUCGGGUCGAUGGUUUGUUUUCUUGAGCUUGAUCUUUCGGGAAGUUUUCCGCAGCGUCUUACUUUAGGAUUGGGCAUGUAAUCAGGGUUUAAGUGAGGCGGUGGACAAAUACUCUCUUGGGAACGCUCUUCGAUAGUUUUAGCUGUUUUUGGAAUAUACCAUAAAUUUGUACCCGGAUGUCUUUGUCCGCGACCAUGUAAUAAUUCGUAAUAUUGUUGUUCAUUCAUUGCUUUCUUUUUCAAAAAGAUUUAAUACUACUGAAAAAUACUUGCCGGACAAACUAGCUGAAUGUAAAUUUGUAUUAUCGCCCCAAAGUAUAUAAAAAAUAACGUUUUCUUUCAACUGCGCUAGGUCGCGAACAAGUAGAUACUGAGGAAGUUUUUGCCUUGUCGCGUUUAUAUUUGCCGUAUUAACGGUUGCAUUUCCAAACAUAUGCAUCAAUAAAUGGUCAUCAAAUACCAUAGCUUGUAAAGCGUUUACACUCGUUGCAAUACUAUUAUUUUUAAAAUUGGUGAUUUUUCCUUUUGACCAACGUCCGGAUACACUUUUUGUCGCCCCAUUUGCCAUACCACUAAAAUUUAAUGCACGGGCACACCAAAAACUUGCCAUAUCAAAAUUUCCCAUAUUUGAUCUUUUCGCAGCAACAUUGUAAUAUACGUCAUCGGUUGUAGUUUCGGCAAAUCCGGUUAAUUCAUAAACCGUAGGAAUAAAUUGAUUGUUAAUGAGCGUACUGUUUAUUGUUAAUGUACCCAUUAUUCAAUCGAUUAUACAUUUGAUACCCACGCUGCCACCGUUAAAUUGAAUUAAAUUAUUUUCAAGAUCGCAAACCCUUAUAUGUAAAUGUGUAAUUUGGCUAUUAAUUAGUUCUCGCGUAAUUGACGAUAAAUUGUGUGUGUACAACCCCCAUUUCAUUAUUGGGAACAAUUUGUAAUUGCGCUAAUAAUGGCCCCCGAACAUCGCCCACAAUGGACGGUACAACUUCGUCACAAUAGAUAAACAUACGCGUUUUCCCAUUAGUCAUAUCUGGAGCAUAUUUACCGUAAAAAAAAUACCACAAUUGAUUUAUUGAUUCAUUAUUAAAAUUAGCAACUAAAAUAGUGGAUAAAAUUGAUUCCAUUUCAGUUGGCGGCUGAGGGUCCGUCCAAGAAAAAUUACCCCCUUUAAAUAUAUUUUCUACUUUAGGAUGCAACACAUAGCCAUCAAGACCGAGCAUAUAUUUUAAAUCUUUGGUCAUUUCAAAAGAAAAAUCAUUGGCCGAUUUUAUAGUAUAUUUAUCGUGCGAAAGAUUAUCGCUAUCUUGAUAACGGUAUACGUAGUGUGGUGUAAUACCCAACGAUACGCCAACGCGACCGCCGGGAAGUAAUGAAAAUUUCAUUCCAUAUUCACCUACAAACCGAUUUAAUUCUUUAACCAUUUUUUUUAAUGUAUAGUGUCCACGGGGUAAAAACAUCCAUUCUGUUUCGAAUGUAAUGUAAUCUACUUGCGUUUGUGACGCCGGUGUUGCGGCAUUCCAGGAAAGUUUAUAUGCAAAGCGAAUGCCACACGAUUUAUCUUCCACAUUAUCAAUCAUCACGGGGUAUGUCACAUUUAAAGCACGUAUAAAUCGUUUUUUAUUUUCACCAUCAAUUUGUUGCGGUAAUGUCAUCGUAAAUUUAUUAUUAUAAUUUACAUCGCCCAAUUGAUUUUUUGUAUUACUAAAAAUUUGUACAUUCAUACUGGCUGUAGUUCUUCACGAUAAAAUAUGCCCGUAAUUUUUUCGUUCUGUUUAUCCUUUAAUUUGUAUGUAACAGGAUCGGUAAUAAAAAUUUUAUCAAUUAUAAAAAUUUCUCUACCCCAGCGUCUUAAGCUUGAUUUUUCAAAAAUACUAUUUUUGAUUCUUGCAAUACGUACUGUUUGACCUGCACGUAACAAACUUGUGGGUGGUUGUGAACCCGAUAAGUAUUUUUUUAGGAUUUUGAACUUUAAAAAUGCGGGCAUUUUUUCAUUUUUGUACAAGUCAACAGGUGUUACAUUGUGAAUUCCCCGAUGUGGCGCCUUGUUAUAUCUUUCAACAAUAACCGGAAGAUAUUUAAUAAAUCAAUAGCUUGAUUUCAUAGUCAGCGUACGCUGAAUCAUUUCCUUUAUAGUUUCAAUAAAUCUUUCUGCAUGUGCGGCUUUUAUUUCACGAUUUUGCGUGUGAAAUAGUGUAAAAUUAUAUUUGGGGGCAAGGAUUUUUUUGAUAUUAUUAAAUUCUGUACCCUCAUCGGCUUGUAUUUUUUUAGGUGCGCCGUUUUCAAGAAUAAUUUCUUCAAAUUUAGCCGCAACAUUUUUUGCAGAUUUUGUUUUUAGCAAUUUCACAAAGGCAUAACGUGUCCCCACAUCAAUACACACAAGCAAAUAACGAUAUUGAUUAUUAUACCCUGACAAUUGGUUUAAAUCUGCUAAAUCAAUACUCCAUUGUUCAUUUUUUUUAUAUACAUGAAUUUUUAAACGUUUUAUUCUAUGCUUUUUUUUUGCAUGCAAUGUAUACAAGUUCUUCUGUUCCUUUGUUAAUGUCUCUCCUUUUAACAAUCUUGCAGCUUUUUUAAUAAGCUCAGUGUCAUCCAUUACUAUAAAAAAAAAUUUUAUAUUUUUAAUUUACUUACACAAUGAUAAUAAUAAUUAAUUAAUUCUUCAUUUUUUUUUUACAAAAUUUAUGUAAUUAUUAUAGUCGUAAGUUAAUUUUAAUUUUUCGUGAUAUUUUAAAACUGUUUCUACAGCGCUGUUCUUUUCGCUCAUAUGGGAAAUGAUGGCUGCAAUUAUUUGUUUUUGCUAAAAGAAAGAAGCGUACGAUUAAUAUUCGCACAAGUUUCUUCUAAAUGCGUGGACACACUCAAAAAAUUCUCGUAGGGAUACGGACAUAUUUUAUACAUUUCUCUUCCAAAUCGGGAAAUCGUUUCUUCGCAAUCUUUUUUAUAUUUACACAUGAAAACCAUUAUCAGUCUUGUGGCCAUAUUUUGUAACGCUAAAAAUUUUCUCGCCUCCGACUUUUCAGAAUCUUCUUCAAUCACAACCUUUUUUGAUUUCUUUACACCUCCUUUAGUACCCUCUUUGUUCUUUCGUUUCUUGGGUCCUUCCAGCUGUUUUUGUUCCGCAGGUGUUGAGGGUGGUGCAGGCGGGGAUGGGGGUACUACGUCAAUACCUCCGGAAGGAUUCAAAAUACUAUAUGCCUCAUAACAAAACUCACGAAUAACGGUGGCAAGUUGUUUCCAGUCGUCAUUCUUGUUAAUAUAAAAUUUGUCGAAACACUCGUUCCAACUAUCUUCCGCACGGGGCACGGGUGUCGAGGACGCGGUUGGUGCGGGAUCGCGACAAUCGGUUGUGGUUGUGGCGCCAAAGUCUACAGGUUUUUGUGUUUUUUUCAACUUGCAGACUUUUAAACCAGCGAAUUCACUACGCGUUAAUAUUGUACGAUAUUCGUUACCGUACGAAUCUUUACUUGUACCCAAUUCGGCGUAAUUUUUCGCCUGAUCAGAUUUCACCAUAGUAGCCAGGACAUCGGCGAGCAUUUCCACUUCAUCGUACGACAUUUCAAUACCCGAAUCAUAAAUAUAUUUAUCGGCACCCUGUGAUAACAAGCCAACAGUCAAAGCACACUUUUUAGUCCAUUGUUUCAAUAGGACCAUUUUGGUUUUACCAUUUUCAUAGCUACCCAAAAUUUUUUCAAGUGCGGUUUUUUCACGUUUGUAAACUUUAAUUUGUUCCUGUUGUUGUUGUUCAGCCAUGUUAAAACCUUGGCGUGUAGGGUGCGAAUGAAAAAAUUAAAAACUAAACGAAUAUAAAAGCCAAUAGACACGUGGCUGCACGGCAGGCCAUGUUAAUUAAGUCGGCGCGUUUAUUUCGUUUGUCCAAUUCAGAAAUAACACUGUGCGUAAUUUUAGAUACCAUGACCAUAUAUGUCCUUUUACGUUCAGGGGUUGAAAAAUACAAACGUUUCUGUUUAAAUAACAUAUGCGCUACCGAUAAUACGUACAAUUUAUGACAAAAACUUUUAUUUGCAAAAUCGCCGUCAAGAACUGCAAGCAUUAAAUCCAUAACAAGUGUUUUCUCGGUUAUAACCGUAUUUAUUUCAGCCAAAUAUCGUUUUUCUAUAACAUCAAGAAUUGCAUCAAAUUGUUGUCGAAUUAAAGGUUGUUCAAAAUAAACAUCAUCCCCCAUCCAAUAAAAACAUAAAAACACAUCUGCUCUUUUGUGCAAGCGUUCUAAUUCCUUUUCAUAUUGUAUCAUAUGCCACGUUUUUUGCAUUUCAAUAAACUUUUCCAUGUCUUACACAUAUCCUUCUAAGACGCCACAUACGUGCGUUCUAAAUCUACGACAUAUAUUUAAAAACUUAUAUACACUUUUAUCCAUAUAAUACCCUUCCUUUAAAAAUGUUUCUACAAUAUCUCUUGUGCGACGUUGUCCUCUUCCGUACAAUAUCAUUCGUCCUAACAAUUCUCGCAUUUCAAAAUCACCCAAAGUUAAUUUAGUAACGCGCAUUAUCACUGCUCGUGCUUUGGUCCUUUGUAUAGUUACAUAUUUUAUCCCCUUAUUUUUGGUUCGUAAAAAAAACGUCCAUUCUUUUCUGUUCUCCACUAGUUCCAUAUAUUUACUGCACUUGUAUAUUGUAUCGCCGUGUAAAAUAUUCGCAGAUGUUGUAUUUAAGACGCAAUUUUCAGAGUUGACAAUGACAUGAUGCCAUCGCCCCAUAAUUCCACAGCAUAUGAUUUACCAUACAACAACGCAGAUAGUUCUCUAGUAAUAAAGUCUGAAUAUAUUGUUCCAAAUAAAGCAACCAUUCUAAUAGCUAUAGCACGUUUAUCGUCAAUUGUUUGGCAUGCUUGUAAAAAAUACUCUAAACUUUCAAAAUCUGCAGCAUAUUCAGAAAUAUACCAACAAGAAAUUGUUUUACUUAUAAAAUCCACAUCAAUAUUGCAGUCCUCCUGGUUCAAAAAUGUUCCCAAGCUAUGUAAAUUUUUAAUCGUAAAAGAUUUUAUACGCCGAUUAUACGAUACACGUUCACGUACACAAACCAAUUGUUUUGUAGCUUUACAACAUGUAUCUUUGUAAAAACAAACCGUCCCUAAUGUAAAUCCGCCUCUAGGGUACGUCGUCUCCAUUUCUGUAAUCUUGCCAGUGUCGUUAAACCACAGUAAACCCCUUUUUUACAUAAUUCUAAUUGCAACGUCUCAGUAUUUAAAUAUGCUGAAAAAUGUAUUUUCUCCAAUAUGCGGAUAAAAUUUCUGUAAUCUUGCAGCAAAUACCCUGAAUAUGGUUUUAAUAUUAUAUACUUAUAAUCAACAAACGCUGUCAGGUUAUAGCAUACGCCACGACCACUAUUAAUCACAAUAUUUAUACCAACAGGUCCAACUUCUGUAACAUCAGUCACACGCCAUAAAACCGAUUCUAGUUUAUAAAGGGUAUCUUUUAAAAGUAGCACACUCAUUUUCAAAUGAUGAUGAGUCAGUCAGGGGGGAACUUUACCGGUCGCCGGCAUCAAUGUGGCAAAAAAAAACAAAUGGGUGGUUUUUUACCUUUUUCGGGUCUCAGCCUUAUUACAAAAGCUUUUGGAGGCGGCGGGGGUAGUCGUCGUCGUCGUCGCAGGAAUGGUGGGGAUAGAGAAAUGAUGGCUAGAAUGAAUCAACAACUCAAAAGACAAGAACAACAACUUCAAAAAGCUCAAGAAGAACUAAGAAGAAGUCGGCAAACCCGCUAUUAUGAUGAUGAUGACUAUUGGGGUCCCCCAAAAAGAAGAAGAAGACCGCUGCCACGUCAAAAACCGUAUCAAAGAGGGGGGAUUGUGGCCGGAGAACAUGAAUUAGCGCGUAAAGCUGCAAGAGACGCAAUAAUAACACAAGCUUAUUUAAAAAAAGCAAGAUAAUUUUUUAUUCAUCUAUUUUAAAUUCUGGUGCUAUAACAGCAUCUGUACUACAAUCGCAAAAUAAAUUUUUACAUACUAAAUUUAAUCGUUUCUGUUCACUAUUAUACUUUAAAAUUCCAUAAGCACCACAUUUUAAUGGUUUAACAUUAAUGGGCAAAUAUGCCCACGCGUUAUCGUCCAACUCAAUUUUUUGUAUUAUUGUAUGUAUAAAAGUAAAUGAAUCUAAUUCAUGAAAAUAUGUGCCACAGCCCUUUUCACCACGAGGACAUUUGUAUAUUUCACCGUCUCGUUCACAGAAUUUUUCGCAAACACAGCGAAUUCUUGAACUUUUUAACUGUGGCAUAGAACGUUUAAAAUCACACACACCGUUCCGACAUAUAAAAAAUAACUGUAGUUCAUUAAGGACGGGCACAAAUUCCAAACUUGCUUUUAAUAAUGUUCCACAUUCACAUGUUAACUUUCUAUCCUUAAGUUUUAGGUACGGUUGACAAGCAUCCAUAACAUCUACAUAUUCCUCAAAAUGAGCAUUAUUAGAUUCAAUGCUAAACUGGCAACGUAAAUCGGCACAAACAUAACGUGGAAUUGACAAAAUCUCACAUAUCACAGUACACAUAUCAUCACAAACGCACCGAAUAUAUUCACACACAAUAGUUGAAACACCGUCCCAAUUUUUACAAGAUAUACACUUGCACGGUAAUAAACUGCUAAAAACACUCGUAAAUUGAUGUUCCAUUAAUAAAUUUCGUAUUCACCGUCCUUCAAAUCCCAAAGCAUGUUACGCAACACAAAACCAUCCAAUAUCUGCUCGCUAUCCUGAAUGUCAUCGUCUAUCUCCCCUAGCUUAAUUUCACGUUGACUUGGAUGCCAAAUUUUAAAAAUAUCAAUACCCCGAUGUUUUGUAGGAUAAUGUUGGCAUAUAAAAUCAUUGUAUAGUUGCAUCUUAGAGAUAGGUUUAUAAAAACGUUGUAUUACCGUAACAUACUUAGUAUCUGCAAAUUGCUUAUCAGAAUAUUUUAUAUUACAAGCAAUAACACUUGCCGUGUUAUUAAACACGUCGUCUUCCACAAGCUUCAACGUUUCAUCAACCAUUUUAGCCGACGCUGUGGAAAAACACCACCACAAUCUUUGUGCGUACUGUCGCGGUGUAUUUUUUUUCAUAGCCCGAUGAUAUGAAAUGGGCAUAAACUCAAUCUCGGCCAUUUUCAAAUAGAAUGAUAUAUAGCAUACAAAGCGUUUAUAACAACCCAAUCAAAUAGUGUAGCAAGUUCUUCAGCCGUAAAAAUAACAUAAAUUUUUAAAUGCCCAGAAAGAGUAAUGCGCAAUCUAAAAUUCACAUUUAAAAUAAAAUAUCUAAAAUUCAUAUUCAUCAUAUUUUUACAUAUAACAUACCAUCGCCAUAUAUGGAAAACAGAGACACACCUCUAGAUAUUAUAAAUAAACAGACAGCGUUUUACAAAAUAAGAAAAAAUGGCUCAUGGGUGUAGUAGUAGUAAUGAGUUAAAAGGGUGCAAAUAUUGUCCUGAAAAAUUUGCAUGUCAAUGUCCGGAAAAAUGUGAAACAUGUUAUUGUGCUGCCAAAAUUUACCGCGACACAAUUCAAACAUUACACGAGCAACAUAGAAGCAAAAGAUGGGUUUGGUGUGGUCCAAACCCGCAAGAAUUUUGUGAUGAAGUCCCCAAAGAAAAAACUCGUGAACAUGAAAAAAUGGACACUCGUAAAGUACAAUGGAAUAAGGAUAAGAAGAAAUAUGUUGUUGAUAUGCAAAAAGUACAACCUCUACAAAUGACCAGCGCGUCAGGAACAUGGUCUGUAAAUUCAGAUGUUGCAGCUGCAAGAGCAAAGAAAUUUAAGGACAGACAAUUACAACCAAAAACUAAAUUAUUUUAUUGCUUUAAACAAAUGAAAUAUGGUAUUUACUGUUGUGAUCAAUGUUUUUUAUUAACUAACUAAUAGUACAUAAAGCAUAGUUCACAAUCUCUUGUGGUUCCUUUUUUGGUUCAAAUUGUUUUUGCGUCUUAAUAGCAUCAUCGGAGGGUUGAAUCAUACAAUCAUCGGAGGGUCGAAUGGGCAAAUAUGCAUAUUUGUAAUGGUAUGGUCCAUGCACGUAUCCGUCGCUUAGUUGAUACUCCAUUUUGUUUUGUUCCUGUAACUUUUCAGCUAAUUCUGCAAACUUCAAUCUUUAAUCUACACACUUUCUUCGCUUUGGUGCGCUAGCCAUGUCUACUAUGUCUUUCUACUACUACUACUACUACUAAAUAUAUAUAUAUAUAUUCGCACACCAUAUAUGGAUAAAAAAUUUACGGGGCAAAGCUAUACACUUUAUACGUAUCACAUAACGCAUAUACAAAAUCUAAAAACUUAUAAAUGUCAUAAACGUUUGUAUAUUUAAAACUUUCUUUACUCAACGCCAAAUCAUAAUACAAGCUAGGCGGUUGACAAGGAUUUUCAUUGGGCAUAAAAACCAUUUUGUAACCAUAUCGCUUCAAAAGCUCUUCAUAAGCACCGUCUAUCAUUAAAUGUUUAUCUUGAAAAACCCUAUCUACACAUGUCAGCCACCGAUCAUACGUACAGGUUGCACAAUCGUCGCCAAAAUCUUUUGAUAUAUAAAGCCAACAGAAAUACCCGCGCACAAUAUUGUAAACCAUUCUUUGCUCUUCUUCAGUACCCGUAUCGGACCAUGCUUUGGGUUUAUUUACUGUGACAACUUUCGUUUGUUCCCAAUCGAACAUUGUGGCAACGGCUUUUCAAAAUCCAAUAAUAUUCCUCCAACAUGCAUACCCGUUAUAAAUACACUUUCAAAAUCAGUAAUUUCAACUGUAUUGGACACCAUAAAAUAUUUCCAAAAUUUCACAACAAACUGCUGAUGACAAUAAUUUGCUAAAAAACAAGCAGAAUAAUCUUGAUUACCCAAAACGCACAUACACGCUAUUUCCACUCAUCCCACGUUAUUUCAAAUUUGCGCACAAUUAAAUCGUGGCUAUAAAAUGAAAUCGUAAUAAACAUAACCGUAUAUGGAAAUGGAAUUUAACUUAUUUUUUUUAUAAAUUACGCAUGCAAAAACCUUCUAAGGGCAUGCAAACAAAGUGCAAGCAAAGGGAAAAAUGGCUUUUAAAUACCAUGACGAAGCAGCUGCACGGCUAUACAACAAAACUUGUACAACAAUAGUGGAAGACGGGUCCAAAUGUCAACAACUACAUUGCCCCCAUGCCGAAGAUGCUGGUUCUGCGAAGCAGGUAAUGAUGACGAGCAAUUCAACGAGCGAUUCUGCGCCGCCUGCCGUAUGGACAUAUAUUGGUAUUUACGGGGAAAAACCGAAGAAAUGCGUCUAGAGAAAGUUGCAAAAGCACAAACUGAAGGUAAAGAUUAUUUUAUUGCUACGGGGUACCAAAGUGAUGUGGGAUGGCAAUACGAACAUGUAACAACACGCAAACUAUUUCACGAUCCCAAAGAACCCCAAACCGAAGAAAUUAUUGCUUCUGUUGGUGCACGAUGGCUAGAAAGAGAAAAAAAUAAGGGGCCAGGGGAAAAACUUCAAACAACACUUACAGACUUUUUUUCUAAGAAGUAAUUGAACGUCUUUUACGUUGUAAUCUUUUGGGACGUUUAUCAGCAACACUUUUAAGACGGUGAUAAUAAUAAAUAUUUACACCUGUAUCCUGUUCUAAUUUGUGUCUUAAAUCUUCAAUUUGUUUUGCAUGCUCAGACUCGAUAUACAACAAUGCUGGGGCUGUAGAACAAUUUAUCAUUUGCGGCAUUACAACUCCUUCGCUUGGCGUUGAAACCAAUCCCAUUGUACAACGUUGAAGUUGCAUUAUUAACAACUUGUACAAACUUAAAUCUUUGUCAAUAUGAUCUGGAAUUACACCGCGAUCCACCAAUUUUGUAACAAGCGUUUGUAAUUUCCACACAUCAUUCACUUUGUCCGAAUUCAAAAACUGCUCAAACAACCAAUCCUUUACAAUUUUCUCAAAAACUCUAGCCAUCUUACACGUAGAAGCACCAGCAUACAAAUAAAUAAAUCCCCUACCUUUAUUCGCUUUUUGCAUCUUCCAACAUUUCAUCAACAAAUUUGUAAAUUCUUUCAUUGGCCCGUGCACCAUUUUUAAUAUAAUCUACAUAUAACUCGUACAACAUUUUCAGCUUUUCAGGUUUUAGAUAUUCAAGUUUCCGCUUCCCGUAUACUUCAUCAAGUAAAUUUUCAAACCGGUAUAUAAUGCUUAGAUCGUCUAGCAUAUCAAAAGCAUAGAAAUACGCAUACUCCUCAACCACCGAUUUACUUUUUUCAACCCAUUCAUCCUCGGGUAAAUAGGGGGAAAAUUCCGUUUUCUUAUGUAUUUUCUUCUGUACAAUAUACAUUAACAUAAAAUUUGACAACUCCUCCUGAGUCGUUACAUUGUCGCGCACAUUCCAAUUGUCAAGAUAAUCAUACCCUGUCUUCGUAAUUUCGUUAUCAAUUCGCAUAAAAUUCUCGCACAUCUUUAAUGCUACACGGUUUUUAUAAACUGUACUAACUUCAUCUCCAGGGCAAUGUUUAUAUUGCACUAGAAGUGUAGUUGGUACUGUAUGUAAAAUGUUUCAUCAUGAACGGGUAUAUUUUAUGUGAAGAUACAAUAUUUUAUUGUAAUAAAACUGUAAAACUAACAGAGGACGGCAAUGAAAAUUUCACAGUUUAUCUCAGCGCAACACAUCGAGGAGAAAAAAAAUUACGCACACAUUACAUCCGCCUACGCUGGCGCACAACAGAUUGGGGCAGUUGGUUAUAUGGCACAUCGUACCACUACGAAACACGAAUGAAAGCUUUUAUAAAGGAAUUUUAUCUAUAUGUAAAAAUGUUAAAACAAUCAACAUGUUGCCGAUUUAUUGAUGUAAAAAAAAAUAUUUAUAAAUAUUUUGCGUCAAAGGGAUACCUACUCGACAAAUCUAUCUUCAAAAUAGCAAUUCACAUCCUGUUAUCAAACAACAUUCCUGGAUCCGAAAAUAGAAGACUACCAACUGGGAUAUUUAUGCGGCUUUUAGUAAGUUGUUGCUUUCCCACAUGGUGAUAACAGUCCUUUGUGGCUGCAAUCGUCGUUUGGGAUUCACAAAUUUACUUUUUUCACAGAUCUGUGAUGGCCAAAUUCAUUUUUGUAUUCGCUUUCACACAUCUGAGAAAACACCCUUUCUUCAGGGAUGUAAUAAGCAAAUUUGAUUUAUUACAACCAAUUUGCUUUUUACAGCUCUAAAAACCGGUGAUGAUAAGAAUGGAAAAAUUGGCUUUACCAUCCUUGUGGAUUUUUACACAGGGAUAUUAAAGUCGACUUUUUUGUUUUUUAAUCAACAGUAGGAAUAUUUAGUUGGCACAAGAAAAAGAUUUUAAAAUAAGAGUUUUGGAGAACAACUUUCAAAUUUGAUUUUGAAAUAUUUCUUCAGAAUCUCUUGUGGUGAAUCUGUACUCUACACUAACAACAUUCCAUACCCAUAUUUGGUUAUUACCCUCACAACUUGUAAAAUAUUGCAGAUAUCCCCACAAUUACGCUCGCUAAUGAUGAUGGCGCAACAUGUUGUCUUAAACCACCAGGAAUGUUUGAUGAACCGAUUCUCGCAUGGUUGAACGGGCAGCUAGUAAAAAUUAUUCCCGUCUAUGGUAACGAAAAAACCCGGGAAUUUUAUGAUUUCUGCGACAUCUGUGGCGCCCAACCAUAUGGUAUUCAAAAAUGUGAUGAUAAACUACACCGCAUAAAAAGUAUACAAAACGAAAUCGCCACCCUACGCAAAAAAACUGAAGUACUACAAGAAGAUUGUCAAAAAGGAAUAACCCAAGAAGGCAUCGAUAAACAAAUCCAAACAUUAAAAGAUAUUCUAAAAAUUACCAUUGAUGCAAAAAAAUUGUAAAUUUGUAAUACAAUACAUUUUUUACCACUUCCGUUUUCAAUCUCCCUCUUCUUUAAGCCCGGCUACAACGAGACACACACACAAGUAGCGCUUACCUGUGGUAGCUUCAUGGCGAGCUUCGACGCAACAAAAUAUCCAAUAUAGUAUAUAUCAACCAAUUUUUCAAUCGCCCUGCUUUUUAGCGGGCGGCAAAUAACAAUAAUAACAAAAAAUGUUAUGUCUAUCGCUGUACACGACACUAACAGCAAUUAACAGCCCCUUUUACUUAGGACUGAUAACCCUAACUCGUUGCCAUUCCGCCACACCGACUACUAUUAGUAGCGUGUCCGAACGAUAGACAUACACUAUCACACUCACCCGGCUUUUAACUACCUUUCACUAUCCUUGCAGAAUUAUUACGGUGCAAAAAAAUUUAUUCACAAACACAUUUGUAACCACACUUAUUACAAUAUUUUUUUUGAAUAUAUUUUUUAAAAUAUAUUUUCAAUACUUUUAAAAUAAACUAAAUCUACUAACUCGUAAACUUGUCUAUAACGUCUGUCGACAAUGCGCCUUUUUGACCCCGCACUCAUAUCAAAAAAAUAAUAUUUCAUCUUUAACAACUCGGGAAUUGUUUUUUGACAAAAAAUUCCUUCUGGCUGCAUGACACCAAACACGCUGAUACACUUCAAAAAUGUCUUAACCAUCGAACCCCAUCCCGUGGCUAUAUCAUUCGUAAAAUUAUCGUCCCACAGCUUCAACACUUCUGCCGAGGGUGUACCAGAAUGGUCGGUGGGAAGACCUUCAUAAACAUGCUUCCAUAGAUAACGCGCAACUAUAUGUUCAAAUAAAUGUUGUUGUUGCUCUGCAGUACCCUUCCAAUGUUCGGGUUUUUCCAAUUUAAAAUUUUUUACUUCUUCUAAAGCAAAUACUUCAAUUGACGUACGCAUCAAUUUAUCAUCCAUAUCAACCCAAAAUUUUUUCUCGCUAACUUCAGCCAUAUCAACUAUAUCCAACAAGUUUUUUAAAAGAGCAGUUUUUUAAAUAGAUAUUCAGCAUAGAAAUUCCACACCCAUAUUUGGUUAUUACCCUUACAACAUGUAAAAUAUUGUAAAUCUUCCCGAUAUUACGCUCACAGCUGGUAUUGUAAUUCAAUACAUUUUUUACCACUUCCGUUUUUCAAUUUUCUUCUUCUUCUAUAUAAGUCACACAUGGGUAGCAAUACUUCAUGGAUAGCAAUACCAAAGCAAAAGCAACAGGGAAUCGAAUCUUCUUGCUGUAAAAGUUUCUCACCGUAUUUUUUAAUCGCCCUGCUUUUUAGCGGGCGGCAAAUAAUAAAAAAAACACUCAUAUGGAUUAAGUAACGAUUUAUUCAUAACAAUUAAAUCAAUUAAUCAAUUAAUUACAUUUAUAGAUAUUAUUUAUUUCUUCUUCGUCCCCUUCGCAUAAGGAUUCCAUCUCACAUCCGCAGCUCCAGACUCCUUCCACACUCUAGGCAUCUGCGAAAUAUCGUCCCAAAAACUACCACCACUUUGAUUUUUUCUUUUUUUUCCACCUUUUCGUCUUUUUCUUUUUCUUACAACGCUACCGCCGACUUGCCGAAUUGCUGCACCCUCCUCGACCCGUUUUGUCCACAGUAUUGUACACGAAGUUGCAUGCGCAACACUACCCGCAACGGCUCGCCCCAUCGUUAUGAACGCAAAUUUACAAUUUACAUUAUUUUAUAUAGGGCAUUAUUUAACAAAUACAAUUUUUUUCCAAUUUUCUAUAAUAAUAUUAAAAACAUUACACUGCGUAGACACGUACAUAUAAUUUAUAAAAUCGUCCAGUAAAGGGUCUGCACCAUCAGUACCCCAACUUGCAGCAGUAUAUAAAAAACGAGAUAUAUCAAGUUUAUUUUUCUCCAACGGUUCGACCAUUUCAGCCCAAUAUUUCCACGCAUUUAUUUCGCCGCACAGUCUUUGCUUAAACAUCUCAAAAGCUUUAGAUUUGCGUAAAAUAUUCAAAUUUUCCAACCGCUUUUUUUCCCAAUUAUCUAAAUACUCCCAAUUAAUUUCAUCGGCCAUUUUAUGUACACACACAAACUUCACGUUCGUUACAUAAACACUCGUAACAAGUAUUUUCGUUACGCUUACAACGUUUUUGCCCAGAAUCUUGUUUUCUUUGCCGCUCCAUAUCCUCGUCUAAGUCUGCAAUUAGCUGACACCACACACAUUUACACCCGCAUAAACAUUUACGCCCAAAAUUUUCCUCUUCACAAUUACAUGCACAUUUUUCAUCAGUCGACGACAUUUAUUUUAGAAAUAAAAGAGCUGUUUGAAGGCAAUGCUUGCUGCUUGGCGUACAACAACGACUGCGAAUGGUUUGAUGAUGAAGAUGAAGAUUUUACAUUUACGGAAGACAACGAAUGGUUUGAAAAAGCGUGGACCGAGGGGGUAGCAGAACUUAACGAAAUGCAAAACGGCUAUCGAUGUCUAGUAGAACCUGACGAAAUGCAAAACGGCUAUCGAAAUAAUGUAGCGUUAUAAAACAUUGUAUUUUGCAAAGAGGACCACAAAUUUUGUGGUCUCUGUGCAAAAUACCCUGUAAUUGCCGCACUGUACAUUUGGAGAAAAAAAUACGUAAAAUAAACACACUUUGUACUUAUUUUCUUUAUUAAAAAAACAAUUUUUAACCGUCCCCGUCGAUUAUUAACAGCUCGCCCGCACGCCGCCCGCACGCCCACCCAAAAAACGGGCGCACCGAAGGGGUAAAAAAUUGCGGAUCCAUACUCCAGUUUCCAGUCCAAAAUUUUAUGAGUCCAGGUUCAUGAAUCCGGUCUUUUUUGUCAUCUGUCAAUCAAGUUACAUGCUAAGGACUGGACUGUGGGUAAUGGAGUUCAGACUGGAGACUGGAUUGCGGAUCCAUGGUAACCCAUGGUAACCCUCAUAAUCUGUUGUUUCCCUAAAUACAUCCUAUUAUCAAGAUGUUUCCACGCCGCCCGCACGCCCACCCGAAAAACGGGCGCACCGGAUCUACGUCACCGGAAGUACGUCAUACGUGCGUCACGUGACGUGCGCCAUAAAAUCACCGCCAAAUUCAAAUGUCCUCACUUCGGUCGACCAGGGGUUCGGCGACACAUCUCCUCCAAUGUUGCGCAACCCACGCAUUAUUGCGACACACACAGUGCCUUUUGGGGAUGUCAUGGUGAUCCCAAAAACCCCCCGUCGGUGGAGACACUUUUUCACUUUUUUUGUUGACGCGGCACUUUUGCGUAAUACUAUUUUAUAUUAAAAAAAAAAUUCCCACACCCCCUCUUUUUUUUCGAGUACUUUUAUCCCCUUACUACUACAGAAGAUUAUAUACUGUAAUAUAUCUGACCAUGCUUUCAUCCCAGGAUUUAUGGCGGUAUACACACGGGCAUACAGGAAGGAAAAAAUUAGGUGGGAGGAAAGAAAUUUGCCUGACUUUUUCGGAUUGUGCCCGCGUUGUUAACUCAUUCUCAUCCGGUCGAAAAGUAGCAAUUUCGAGUGGUGUUGUUUCAAACGCUUAUAUCUCUCAAAUUAUACAUCGCACGGAAACAGAAAUGGCAUCGUUCGAAAGAGGAGGACUUCUGCUUUCCAACGAUACCAAUUUCAAUUUCAUCCGGAGCUUGGUUAACGAUUUACUCGCAUAAAUUUGCAUAAAUUAUGAUAUAAAAAAAUGUCGCAAUUAUGCAUAAAUGUAUUUAGCAGUCCAAAUUUCAAAUAUGUCAAAAAAUUUUAUGAAUAUGACUGAAAGACACGGUUAUGAUCUACAAGUACCCGAAGUUUCAUGCAUGUAGCAUAAAUAGAAAUAUUUUUAUUGAAUUUUUAUAUAAACUAGAUAGUGGAGUAAAAUUUACAUUUUGUGCUCACAUGAAACAAAUACCUUUAUCAAAGGUCCUUUUUUAUUGCUGCAACAUGUUAUCAAUACAAAUUUCCAAUAUUUCUUACUCUCCAAAGAUAGUAUGGCACCAAAAUAAGUCUGUGAUACCCACAAAAGAACACUCAAAUCAUGAUUAGCAAAAUGUCUUUAUUUCUGCAAUUACUACAUACAUUCUUAGAUAAUCAUUACACCAUUGACUUUAGUUAUUAGUGGCAUAACCAGCCUCAAAAUUUGGUCAUGCUAUUCAAAUUUGAAAUAAUCACUACUCAUUUGUUUAGAAAUUGAUUGUUUUCACAAUCUAGAACAUGAAAAUAUUUGCAAAUAGCAUGACCAAGUGUUGUUGGGCUGGCAUCAUCAUAAUUAGUAGUUAUAAAAAAGUAAUGUUUUCCAAGGCAGUAAUGUUUGCUAAAGCAGUAAUGUUUGCCAAAGCACAUAAUUGGAUUAUGUGGUGAAAAUAUUUCCUUUAUAUUGUACUACAAAAGACCUAAGACUGUAACCAAACUGAUAUCAGAUCACCACGUCAUACCCAAAUCUGUUGCGAUGAAUAUCUGGACUUCUUCCUGUAUAAAUUUCAAAGUCGCAAUAUAACCAUUAGGAUUGUCUGCAGCAACCCACAGAUUUAUUCCCCACAUAGUAGGUCAUCUAGCUUUCAUGAACUGCCUAACCCCAACCUAUUUCUUGAUUUGACAGUGUGUUUGUCUGCAACAACAAUAUUCUGUGACGGCUGGUACAGUUGUUGAUGCAGUUUAUUGCUGUAGUCUUUAGUACAGGAUCUACCAUAUUCACAAACGCCAUAAGCGCUUUGUACCUAACCCGAGAAAUUAUGUCUAUUGCCCACAGACCAUGAUAUAAGGUUUUUACACUCCAAUAAUUUUCAAUCUCACUGUCGACCUUUAGCAAACCUGCAUAUUAUACUAAAGGCAAUCAACCUCUCAAGGUUGGUGGACUGCAAGACCCUUCUUUAUUAGUAUAUGGGGAUAACUUUUGAGUUAUUUGUAUGUGGGCAUAUGUAUUGGUAUGGCCAGGAAACUACCUCCUGAAGCAUUCCCUUAGUAAAAAAGCGUCAAAUGAACUCAAGCUCACAGUUCAUUGAGCCGAAUGAACUCAAGCUCACAGUUGAUCGAAAUGGAUCCCGGACAUGUCAGUGAGGAGCAAAAUCUGGGAGAACAUUCCUGGCAUCAGGAUCAUCAUAUCCGUCAUGUACUAUGGGGCCUAGUGGGGAUGCUAGACAGGGAGCUUUCAAAACCUUAGGUCCUAAUGGCUGGGCUUCCCUCUACCUCUACUCAUCCCCCUACCUUCCCUCUGGGUUGGUGAGUGGGGUUCUCAUGACUCAUCAGAACUCUACUUCCCUGAGGCUAUGAAACAGGAACAGCAGAUAGGAACAGGAUCAAUAUAUUCAUCAGUGCGAAUAAAAACUUUUAUAGACAUGGUGCCACUUAAAAUUAUAAUAAAAGCCAACUAGUAAGAUAUAAGUAUGAAUACUUGGCUAUUAUGUAUGUAACAAACAACCAAACAUGUGCUCAAGGCUCAUUUUACUUCGCCUAGGAAUCAGAGAUUUUUAUGCCUAAAACACCAUAAAUUUUCGUCAACAAUAUAAAUAAAUACCAUUUAUAUUUGUCAAUUUCAGUAUGAAACGAUUAUUUCAACACAAAAAAGCGAUAUGAGGACAUACUCGGUCGUACUAGUAAUACAAAUAAAUUUACAACGCCAUGGCAACGGCAAAACAUUGAAAUAGAAAUUGUCUAGAAAUGAUACAAAUACUUGCCUUGAAACUCCAGACACGACUCCCAAUGCCAGGUUGAGAUACUUGUCUUCAUACGAAGACAUUCCAUCAUUACUAGCACUAUCAGUUUGCAAAAUAAAGCCAAAAACGUCUUCAGAAUGCGAUUCAAACAAAACUACAACACAAUACAUUUCAACGCUUGUGCGUUCUCGUGCGCGAUAAUCAGGAAAAUUGCUCUAAAAGAUUUGCUUUUCUGCCUAAGCCAAUCAAAAUUCAUAUCUAGGGUAAACAAACACUCCGGAAGUGAUUCCUGCAGUCUUUUACCAGGAAACUGUAAUGCCUUACCAAGAAUUUGGCGUCCGAAGUUGGCCGAACACUUUCCGAUCACGAGAAUUGCCAUAAUAGGCUUAGAUUAUUUCGCAAUUUCCCGAGACUGCUCCGAGCUAUAGAAUGGAAGAUGGCGAUUGUUUUGGUAUAUUUGUUAUUAUUAUACGUUGAAAAGAAGCAAAAAGACGAGCAUUUGAAUCAGGCGGAACAUUCAAAAUGCAACAGCAAAAUUGAUAAUGUGUCAUUUGCAUAAAUUUCACGGCAUUGAUCAUUUCAAGGUAAGAAAUUCGCUUGAAAUUGAGCGAGAAACAAUAAAAUUAUAUGAAUAUUUCUGAAUAUAUAGUAUCGAUCAAGCGGAAUUUUUAGGUGGUAUUUUCGUAUGUCUACUGCAAAUACUCGCGAAGUUCUUUAAUAUUUAAUCUUCCCGUCAUAUACGUCGCAAAUUAAUAUUGGCGGAUCGAAUUGAGUUAAUAUUUUCCCGUACUGCCCUCACUCUCAGCCAGUAGGUUAUUAAUAUUCCACAUCAAUAUAUUGUUCACCUGAGAUAAAAUAGGAACAUGUGAAAGUCAGAUCGACGAUCAAAGAUAGAAGGCUCGUGCAAAAUAUCCCAUUAGUUUAUUAUUUGGUUGACCAGAACGUUUUGAUCUUGAAAAAGAUUUGAAAAUUAUCCGAGUAGUUUCGUCACUUUGUGACAAAGAAGUCUAAAGAUAAAGAGCAGAGCCCAGCAAAUAACUUUAAAUCCAAACAUAAUAAAAGUAAAUCAUUUAUUAGCUAACGUUUCAUUGUUUACAAUACAACAUCUUCAGAGCAAUCUAAAUGAAUUUACAGGGUAUGGUAUGUACUAUUUAAAGCACGCGUAGGAGUGUUUUAUCAGAUAUAAAACGCGAGGCGCAGCCGAGCGUUUUAUAUCUGAUAAAACAUGACUACAAGUGCUUUAAAUGGCGUAAAAAACGACCCAUCUUCUGAUGAGUACAAUUAGCAAAGUAAUUUUUAAAAUAAACUUUGUCUGAACCAAGAAAAUCAAAGCUAAAGUUUAUGUAAAUUAACAUGAUUUUUUAUCACAUAUAAAGAUACGACACGCUUAUGAUUUUUCUUUGUGUUUUGCUCCUGAAUUAUUAAUGAGUUUUUUAAAUAUAUUUACAAAAUAAUGGUUUAAUAUUACAAAAACGGUUACAUAGUUUGAAAGAACAAAUGAAUAGAAAGAAAGGAAAACAACUUAUCAGUUACUAGUUAAUAAGUAAAGAUUAAUGUAUGGUUAGUAUAGUUAAGGUUAAUAUUACAUAACUAAAAUAACUCAAGAGGGGUAGACCUAAUAUUAGCAUUAAGGACAGGGUUAAGUUGAGAGUAUUAAUAGGCUUUCACAGGUAAGAAGAUCCCACUCAGAAGUGCCUGAUGAUAGGAUUAAUCCUAUCAUAAGGCACUUCUGAGUUGGAUCUUCUUAUCUGUGAAAGCCUAUUAAUAUCUCAACUUAACCCUGUCCUUAAUGCUAAUAUUAGAUCUACCCCUCUUGAGUUAUUUUAGUUAUGUAAUAUUAACCUUAACUAUACUAACCAUACAUUAAUUUUUACUUAUUAGCUAGUCACUGAUAAGUUGUUUUCCUUUCUUUCUAUUCAUUUGUUCUUUCAAACUAUGUAACCGUUUUAGUAAUAUUAAACCAUUAUUUUGUAAAUAUAUAUACCAUACUCUGUAAGUACUAUUUAAAGCAUGUGUAGGAGUGUUUUAUCACAUAUAAAACAUGACGCGUAGCGGAGUGUUUUAUAUGUGAUAAAACACGACUACAAGUGCUUUAAAUAGCUUAAAAAACGACUCAUCUUAUACGAGUUCAUUGGCGAAGUAAUUUUUAAAAUAAACUUAGAUGCCAGUCUUGCUGAUAAAGACACUAGAGAUGACCCUGGUAAGCAUAAUUUUGAACCUGCCUACAAAUUCUUGAAUUGACCAACGCAUUUAAUUCAGGCAAUUUUUCGAUGUAUGAAGAACAAAAGUAUGAGCGUGCUCUAGAGGAUUUCAGUUGUUCGUAAACCGAGAAAGUUUAUUAACCAAUGAUUUUUUAAACUUAUAUCUUGACUCAGCUGUAAAUAUAUGUGCAUGCUCUAUUACUCAACGUCUGACUCAAUUAGCAUGUAUGCCCAAUACUCACAUAACCUGCUUUAGCCGUGAUAUGGAUGACCAUUGUUUUGCAGUUAUCAAGAAUUGUUGAUGUUGGAGGACUGAACAUCAGAGUGAAUGUCCACAAUGUGAUGCACAGGUAAAUAGCCAUGAAAGUAUGACAACACAAUUAAAGUGUGCUGGUGUUCUUACAUAUUGUAGAUUGAAAGUCACCUUUCAUGCUAUUGAGAACUAUUAUCAAUAUUUCCAAUUCAUUUUUAGAUUGACGAAUAAUGAAGUUAUGGCUUCAAUGAACAUGAAAGGAAAAGGCUCAAAAUAUGCUUUUGGGUCCACUAAAGUAUUUCAAGUUGUUGUAGGUAUGUGA